AUGGCCUACCGUGCUGACCUUGAUGCGCAUGCGAGACCGCCAGAAAACCUCCGAAUCCUGUUCAAGAAGAUUCAGAAAGCUUCACCCGAAGACCUUGCUCUCGAUGAGGCCAUUUUGGACUUUGAGAACCCUUCUUCAGUCGAUCUUCAUGCAAGUCCAUCGAAUGUCGGGUGGGAUUUGGAUAAUCUCCGACAAGCCAUAGGCCACUUUCUCAACAAUGAGGCUCUAUCUUCCGGCCCCAGACCAUCCAUAUAUGAAGCCAAGGCACUUCCUGGUCUACUCAUCUACCCUGGCCUCCUAUCGAGUCCAGUGCAAGCCGCGCUGUUGGACAAGUUGCUGCACCGGGAUCUUGCUAACCCGGAACACUUGACCAACGUCCAUCUAUUCCACGAAAUGAUCUACCCCGAGGACACCCGGGCGGAUGCUAUUGACAAGACCGCCACACUAAAUUCAUUCUUCGCAAUGAACAGCAGUACCCUACUCGAACCGAAAGAUCCUGCUAUACACAAGCCCAUGAGCAUCGCUCAGAUGAUGCGCCGCAAGCUACGCUGGAUGACGUUAGGUGGUCAGUAUGAUUGGACCAACAAGGUCUACCCAGACGAAGAACCACCUUCAUUUCCUGUGGACAUAGCCGACCUUUUAAAGGCCUUCUUUCCUACUGUUGAUGCUCAGGCAGCAAUUGUCAACCUUUAUACACCAGGAGACACGCUCAGUGUACAUCGAGAUGUCAGCGAGGAAUGUGAUCGAGGCCUCAUCAGCGUCUCGAUCGGCUGUGAUGCACUUUUUAUGGUAGGAAACGAAGACGAUUCCAGUGUUGCAACUAUCCGUCUUCGAUCAGGAGAUGCUAUCCUGAUGACAGGGUCCUCGAGAUAUGCUUGGCAUGCUGUCCCCAAAGUGUUGGGAGCCACCUGCCCAGCAUCUCUGUCUGAAUGGCCACAUACCCCAGUGGAACCAGCUUACCAGCAAUGGCGAGGUUGGAUGCAGACCAAAAGGAUCAAUCUGAAUGUUCGCCAAAUGAAGCAGGUAUAG